UGCCUCUCGCUCCCAUAACACACGUUUUCUGGAGACUUGUGGGCAGAGAUCUGAUGAAAUCGCGCGCUGUAUGCGCUUUCGGUAGCCUGUUUGCAUCCAGACUGAGGAGAAAUACGCAGACUAUCCACCCACGUCCUGUGGUCAACCAGAUCUGAUCACAAUCAGAACACAAUGGGACUUGUGUGCGUCUAGACUUGUCUUUUCUAUGCGAUAUUCGUAUCCUGAUAGCGAGAGGUCGCAUGUAGAUACUUCCAGAUUGAGACCAGUGCUAGUCGGCAACGACCAUGGAAACCAGGAUCCGUGGAAGAAAAAGCUUUUUUGGAGAUUAAGCUAUUACAUGAUCAAGUAGAUUAUGUGAAUGAUAGGCACUUUUAGUUCACCAAUUUCGCAAAAAAUAAAAAUGUAUGGCGGGUUCAACUGGACUACGGAUGUAGGUCGCCGAUGGCUGGAAUUCAAUCUAUUCCUCUGAAUUCACCCAGCAUGCGGUUAUAUAAGGUGAUAUAAAGUAAUUUCAUCUAAAUGGUCCAGGAUGACAAUAAUAGGUCAAACCCACCAUAUUAGUAAAGCUGGACACUGAAUGAAAGCAUGAAACAAGUGAGACCGUCUUUGGACUGAAUCAACUUGCAGUUGGCAAAAUUCGUAUCCAUUUGCGUCCCGACCUUAUUGCUACAGGUUGAGCACUUGGCCUUUUCACAAAUUUACUUACUGCACACAGUGUUGACAUUGCUCUUCCUUUCGGACUCAAAUGUUAUAUAUUUAGGCGCCAUGGCUGAGCACGGUGGCCUUCAUAGUAUGUGUUUAAAUAAGGUAGACUGUCACAGUUCCUCCACCUUGUCCUCCAGCUCAGAGCAAGAGGGUGAAAUAUUCACCAAGUUGAAAGUCAGUUUGACUGAGGACUAUCCGCAGAAGAAUGCGGAGAUUCUGAGCGGCCAGUAUGGGACUAAUUUACUUUUGAUCGGCGUGUCCUUGAUGCUGGUUAUUGGGAACAAUGGCGCAUCCGUGAAGGAAGAGCACCUGCUGUCGUUUAUCACGACCCUCAUAAUCGUCCAGCUGCUAUGGAUGAUGUGGUACAUCGUGAGGAGAGGCAUGCAGAGUAACUUACAGGCAGAAAAGGAUGCGCAUGCUACUACCUCCUGGAUAAAAGGUGGUUUAACUCUUCUUGCGCUUCUCUCGUUGAUCAUGGAUGCCUUCAAUAUUGGAUAUUUUGUGGGCUAUCGAUCAUGCCUGUCGGCUGUUCUCGUGGUAUACCCCAUCAUCCACGCAACUCACACAAUAGCACAGGUGCAUUUCCUUUGGUUUCACAUCAAAGACGUCAUCAAGUCCUUUGAGACCUUUGAAAGGUUUGGCGUCAUCCAUGCAGUCUUCACCAACCUGCUGCUGUGGUGCAGCGGUGUGAUGUCUGAGGCCACUCACUUGCUAAACCACCACAACACAAGGCUGACUGCCCUGGGCUUUGAAAACCUCACCAUGGUGGAUAUGGAACCUCAUUGUAAUUGCACUAUCAGUGCCUGCUCCGUGUUCGUCAACGGCCUCUACUACCUUUAUCCCUUCAACAUCGAGUACCACAUCUUUGUCUCGGUAAUGCUCUUCGUCAUGUGGAAGAACAUAGGGCGCACCAUUGACCUCCAGCACAACCGGAAACGGCUGGCUACCAAGACCCAGGGGCUGGUAGUCGGCCCCAUCCUGGGUCUCGCUGCCCUGGCCAGCACCAUCGGCGUACUGGUGGUAUACAUCAUCCACGUGGAAGAGUCGCUGGACAUCCGGGAGUCAACCAUUGCAAUUUUCUACUACUACGGCAUCGUCAUGCUGGUGCUCAUGUGCUCGGCCGGGGUCACGGGUCUGCUCAUCUACCGUGCCGACCCCAUGCCCAUGGACACCACCAAGAACCCUUCGCGGAAGCUGGACACAGAGCUCCUGUUUGGUUCGUCGGUGGGCUCCUGGUUCAUUUCCUGGUGCAGCGUGGUGGCCGUGUCAGCCUCACGCAGCAGCCCGAGCUACCGCUGGACCAACCUGAUAUACUCGCUGCUCAGCAUCCUGGAGAAGUACAUCCAGAACCUGUUCAUCAUUGAGUCCCUCUACCGCCAGCGGGAGGACGCUGAGAGGGAGGACGCUGAGGUGGCGGGGCCUGCGCCAGAGAUAUUAUCCAUGACCUCCUCCUUGUCUCCACCCAACAACGGAAUCAUCAACCAGGCGUACGAGAAUCCGGACAACGGCUGCGUCACGCUGGAGAAUGUGCAGAAGGAGAGUGGACAGGUGAAUGGGUGCCCACAGAAACAUUUGGAAGUGCCCCGUCAGGUGGAAAACAACGUGGAGGUGACCCCGAGCAAGAAGAGUCAGAUCCUGAAGAACAUCGCCGUCUUCCUUUUCAUGUGCAACAUCUCACUCUGGAUCCUUCCUGCCUUUGGCUGCAGACCCCAGUAUGACAACGGCCUAGAGGAGGAGACAUUUGGCUUCACCACAUGGACCACAGUUCUCAACUUCGCCAUGCCGAUUACCCUCUUCUACCGCAUGCACUCUGUGGCCUGCCUCUUCGAAGUGUUCCGGAGAGUGUGACAAGACGAAGAGGGACCAACGAGACAAGGCAACAUGCACAAGAACACUUGUCACCAAGGGCUCCAUAUAGGCAAUUAAUAGCAAUACAGGUCAACCAUUCAGGAGGCCGUCUUGUCAUGUACUUUGACUUCCAAACAAGCAUGAAAACACAUUUGUCACUUUAGGGGGCUUAUACUAGAUAAGAUGUCCCUUCUAGCGAUGCAUCUUUACAAGCAUUUUAUAGCACCUGGUCUAAACAACAAAUGACAUUGAUAUGAGACCUUGGGUUCAAAUAGUAUUUCAGGAUAUUUCAAAUACUUUAGCUUUGCAUGAUUGAGCUGGCAAAACGUGCAAAGUAUUUGAAUUAUUUCAAAUAGUAUUUAUCCCCAGGUCUGAUAUCACUUUGUUGUGUGUUACUGCACUAAAAAGAUAAAAUGACAUUUAGAUUUAGGUCUAUCGUAAGUGUUUGGGUUUGUCCUAUGAUUUUCAUCCUAGUGUCGUUGAAGUCAAGUGUUAUUGGACGCAUAUGUAAAUAGUUCAAUGUUUUGGUCUAGAACAGAUGUAAGCCAGGCUAUGUGGGAAUGCAUUAUGAGGGCAUAACAUGAUUAUACCAAGCAAAGUGCCAUACCACAUUCCUUUUUCAAAUCAACCACUGUGUUCACAGCAGUAUGCUACUCCAACAUCAUUAAGAAGCCAAAGCAGCUCUCGCUUUGGUUAUUUAAUGUCACUAAAGAACUGUACUAUGAUUUGAAAAGCCAUAAAUGUUUUUUUUUGUUCUGACAUUUUUAGGAUGUUCUCAUUGGUCAGAAGAAAACACAGGAAACUCAAAACACUGCUGUGUCAGACACUUGAACUACUUGGCUGGUGACAGUCUAGAGUCCUACAUGUACUGUAGUAUACAGUAAGCCAGCACUAGACUUUGAAUGCUCUUCUGUGUAGUAUUGGACUGUAGUUCUCACAAUCUCUCGCAAACGUUCAUUGGACUGUUGGCAAUACUUUCCUUUUAGAUUUUGUACUAAUGUACCUAAACAAUACAGAUGUGGUUUUAUAAAAUAUAUUUAACAAUUUCAAUUAUGGAACAAUAUUUGACUAAAAAAACAAACAGCGUGGUGUAUGUGGAGGUUCCCACAAUCCACACUGAUUCUUCCCCUGGACUCAUAUUAAGCUUAGCCUGGUGGAACCAGCCAAUUUGCUGCGUUCACACAAAGCAGACACCACUUUUUUGGUAGACAGCUGAAGGAUGGGCCUGUUGUUAUGUUAUUGAAAAGGGAAACAAUCCAAUAUUUGCACAGAUGUACAGCAUAUACAGCAUUGACUGGCAUUCAUUUUCCAAAAAGCAAAUAUGUUUGUUCAAACUGAAACAAUUCUGAAUCUGAACCAUUUAUCUUGAUUGAUGUCGUUUUGAAAAGUGAGCAUUGAAAAGAAUCAUAUCGUGUGAAGUGGUUGAUUUAUGUUGUGAGGAAUUACUCAAAUGUAGCGCUACUGCAUAGUUAAAUGUAGAACAACAUAUUGAGGCUGUGGUGGAAUAUCAAAAAACAGAGUUCUACAUUGGUGGUAACUACUGUACAUUGUUCUCAGUUGUAUGUGCCAAUCUGUGGUCAAUGCUUAUUGGUAAACCUGUACCAAUACCACAUCCUCUGUGUACAUAUCUGAAUGUACUAGAUUAAAGCUACUGUAGCCUACAUAGCCUCUGUGAUAAAAAUGAUUGUGAAAUUAUGACAAAUAUUUUAAGUUAACUUAAAUUCAUACUGUAGGUCAGGGGUCAAUCAUUAUUUAUUCAGCCUCGGCACAAUUUAUUUUCUUAAGCGGAUGGCCAGGGGGUCAGAACAUAGUUAUACAGUGCCUUCAAAGUAUUCACACAUCUUGACUUUUUGCACAUUUUGUUGUGUUACAGCCUGAGUUUGAAACAAUGUCAAGUGGAAUUAUGUUUUUUGACAUUUUUACUAAUUAAUAAAAAAUGAAAAUCUGAAA